UGCGCUGCGGGGAAGCGGCGGCGAGUGCGCGUCUGCCCAGCCGAGCCCAGCCACGGACAGGCGGCCACUGCUCAAAGAAGGAAGAUGAUAAAAGCGAUUCCCUUUUUCCACAGAAGUCCUAUCAAACAGAGCCCAGGCAAUAACGAUUGUGGGACGGAAAGCAAGACUGCCCCGAAGCCCUCAACAUCCUCUGAGUCCGAAUCUGACACCGUGUCAAUCGAAUCAUCGGCAGAAGAGGCUCCACCCAAAGACGACAUGAAAACUCGGAACCACAGAGAGGCUCCUGCCCUAGGAAGCUGUCCCUCAGAAAUCAAUGGGAAAGGCACCUCAGAGCCUGCGAAAAACAAACUUAAAGGAAUCCGAGGGAAAUUAGUUGGUAUCUUUCACGUUCCAGAUGGAAGACCUGAAAAAACACCUAAAAAUAAAGACUGUAAACAGGAAGAAAGCAAACCUAUCACAGUUGACAAAAUCAGAGAGCUCAUUGAUGACAAAAGGUUAUUUGAAGCCGGUCAACAUCUCCUUAUGCUAGAGAAGGAGCCUUACGACGAGACGAGUGAAGAAAGAAAAGGGGUAGAUCAGAGUGAGAUCAAAGAACUGUAUGACUUUUUGAAGCACGAGGCCCUUGGCAUCAUAAAGACUUCUAUCCGAAUAGCACUCACUAAUCCAGAGUUACUUCAGAACACUGUGAGAGCAAUCGCAGAGCAAGUGAAGGAGGACGAGAGAGACGCCUUAGAAAAGGUACCGGGGAAAGUUCUGAGUUCCCGGCCCAGAAAAUGGAAGGAGGACUGGAAGAAAACAAUCCAAGAGUGUGUUGCUGACCGAAUGCAAGUGCCUUCUUUCGAUGGUGUCGAAGGCCUCUCUGCAGCUGCUCACAGCUUCCUGCACAUGGGAAAGACGAUGAAAGACGAUCUCAUCACGGUGGUGCAACAUAUUAAGCCGCAUUACUCCAAGGACUUUCACGUGUGCUGCAUUUAUGCGGAGUGUUACUACCAGUGUUUCUCCUCCCAGCUGGAGGCAAUUGCUCAGUUUGAACUGGGCAGCAGGGACAACACCCUCCUGCUCACCUGGGUGCAGAACAUUUAUCCAAACGAAAUCAAAAAACAUCCUGUUUUAGAGAAAGAGCUGGAAGAAGCCAACCUAGGAAGCCUUUUGCCAUCAAGACAGAUCAAGCAUCUUGAAGAGACUUACCUAAUCAAUGAGUCGGAGUCUCUUAAGCGCUGCCUGGCCAGAUGCUUGGAAAUGGAAGUCACAAGGUGGACACAAGGCAGGGAGCCAGAGAAACUGGAUGGUCAUUUUCACAGUGAGCUGCCAAUAGAUGCCAUCCAGGCUGUGUACGGAGGACAAAAGCGAGCAAAGGACAUUACACCAGACCUGGGCAAACAGAUCUCACCACUGCUUUUGGCGGAGUUCUUGACCUUUCUGCAAAGCUACAAGAAGGAACUGGAACGCUUCAUUAAGGAGAACAGACAGCACCGAUAUUUUGAGGCAAAUGUCAUUGCAAAUAUUAACAACUGUUUGAGUUUUCGAACCCACACUGAAGAUAGCACGACACCAGGUCUGGAGGAUGUCAAGCAACAGAUUUUUACUGUACUUAGUGACAUUCAAAGCGCAGGCUUCGAUGUGCUGCUUCAGGGCUUGUUUCAGGAAUUGCAGCCUCUUUUUAAGAAAUUUACCCAGAAGACGUGGCUCUCCUGCACUGACAUUAUGAAUGAAAUCCUAGCCUCCACCAGCCACCACUUGUCAACAUUCCAGACCCUUAAAGAGUCUUUUCGACAGGCCAUCAUGGAGAAAAUUCACCUCCACUUGGUCCGUGAACACAUUUCCCGGCUUGUAAAGAAGAAAGUCAGCUUGAAAUCUGCAGAACAGCAAAACAAUUUGUCGAAGGUCAUCCAAAACAAUGCCUCCAUAUUGCACACUUUUUGCACAGAAAAUGGAUCAAAGGCCAAAUGGCUAGCCCCCGUGCUCCCAAGCCUGGCUGAAAUCAUCAAGCUUCAAGAUACAAAUGCCAUCAUGGUCGAAGUUGGUGGGCUUGCCAGUAAAUACCCCGAUAUCAGCAAGAAGCAUCUGGCAGCCAUCUUGUACUUCAAGGGCAACUUAUCCAGCAGCGACAGCAAAAGCAUCUUGAGUGUGCUGGACAUCCGCUUGAGUGUAGUGCUCCCUCCCACACCCUUGUUCUCAACCAUCAAGCCUUCCUAGACUUGGCCGAGAAACACUUCUAUACCACAGCGUUGCCGUUCAGGGAGGCCUGCAUUCAAGCAACUGCAUAGGCGGUUCCAAACUCUGCUCUGGGAACUUUUUCAAGUUGCCACCGUUCAGGGGAAGAGGCACUUGUCCUUUAAUGCCCCCUAGAAAAAACCUGGGAUGGAACUGAGACCUUGUGACUGAUUUCCUGAAACAGCAGUUUUAAGAGUUCCAUCCACCUCCUGGGAGGUUUUGAACAUUUCCUCUACUGCCUCAGUUUUCCCAUCUAGGAAAUGGAGGCAAACCUCUCAUAUAUCUGGUACAGAUAUGAUGCUAUAAGACUCCUUCAUUUUAUAUGGUUUGUUAAAGCACUUUCAGAAGAAUCUCAAUGGCUGCAUAAGAUUUCUCGGGGGGGGGAGAUGCCUUUGUUUAUAUUAGAGGGACAAUCGGAGGCGCAUGUGAAUAGCGUUUUUGGAUGCACAUUUGCUGAGAUGUUCUAGCGGAAAUGUUCUGGGGCUUCUUCGUUGGGAGAAAGCCCUCCUAAACUGUAGACAAGCAGCUAUGAAAUGGUCUUACUCCCCAGCAUAUAUUAGCAGAGAACAGGGUUUGGCUGAGCAGCUUUGGAGAGAUGGUGCAAUGUAGUGAGGGAGAGAUGACGUGAUGUAGUGGGUUACUGAGUUGGGUUCAUAUCCCCAACCGUGGAAUAUUGCUGGGUAAUCUUGGCCUCAGUCUCUGAGGACAUCAGUGGGAUUAGACUUCUUGAGCUGCUUGGAGGAAAAAAACAAUACGCUUCUCUCUAGAACAACUGCAGAAUGUGAACAUGCCCUCUACUCCAGUGGGGUGCAGUGAUUAGAGUGUUGGACUAAAAUGUAGGAGACCCAGGUUCGAAUCCACACCCUACCAUAGAACCUUGCUGGUGACCUCAGGCCAGUCACUCAUUCUCUCUCAGCCUCACCUACUUUUGUGAGGAUGAAAUGGAGGAGAACAGCGUAAUCCACUUUGAGGUCCCAAAUGGGGAGGAAGGUGCAGUAUAAAUGAAGUUAGUAAAUAUCCUCUCCUUUGAUUUCCGCUUUUCAGAUCGGGCCAGUGUUUUGAUACCCAUUUUUUACUGUUGUUUUCUAGUUCAAAUUGUUGUUGUUGAGUCUCCUCACUGAGUUCUUCUGGAGAGGUGCCUUAAAUAAAUAAGAUGCUUUUCUAUAAGAAAUACGUUUUCUUAAUAAAUGCUUAAGAAAUAACUGAUUUGCUGCUUUGGACAGCUUCCCCCCUCCCCUCCCCAAUGCCUUUAAAGAGCUGGAUUUUAUUGGUGUGGGGGGACAAAUUUAAAGCAGGAAGAGAUAUCAACGGAGGUUCUACCACACUUUUCAUGGGUAUGUUGGACUCUAGAAGCAGGGCAGCAGAGGGGGGGAAAGAUGAUGUUUGAAUAUGGUUAUACACUUUUUUGCCUCAAGGCACUCCCUACAAUUAGGCAAAUUGAUGCAACCAACUGUGGAUGCCAUUACAACAUAGAUUUUACUUCAUGAUUAUAUUUUUACUAGCAGAGGAAGCUAUUUAGGGAUGCUACUGGGGGCAUCAAAGUAUCUUGGGCUGUACCAAUCUUGUAGAGAUGCUUCCAGGGACAUUAUGAGACACCAAAGAAAGUCAUCAAGCUCCCUUCUCCCCCUUCUUCCAUGAAACUUGGCUAUGAAACAAAAGGCUAUAAAUUAAUUAAUAUCUUCAUUUACAGUCAUGGGAAGAGACAGUGAUCUAAUGCUGACUCAAUAAAGGAAGAUGCGGCCUUCAGUUUGCAAGACCUGAGCGAAGCUGUGGAUGACAGGACAUUCUGGAGGUCAUUAAUUCAUAGGGUCAUAAGUCAGAAGCAUGACAGUACAUAACUGCACACAAUGUUUUAGCCAAACAUUUAAACACAUUCCAAAAUUUGCCGCAAAUAUCUCCAGGAACAAGAUUAUUGUAUGGACCCUGUACCAAAAUCCAACGUAACAAUAGGUAUAAUCAGGGCUUUUUUUCCACUGUGGAUGCCAUUACAACCAUUACAACAUAGGUGGAACUCAGUGGGUUGCCC